AUGACAGAUGAGACGCUCCAGAAGAACAUGCCUUUGUUGGAAGCAGCAAUUGCGAAACGGCCCAAAAUGCAAACGUCAGCUGUGAAGGGUUUUCUGAAGAAUUUAGCGCAGAGGCAACCGCCAGACACUGGCAGCGCAGCGAAGCCCAAGGAAAUGUGGCAGCCACGGCGGAAUGGAGAGCCCUUAGUGCUGAAGAAGCAGGACGAAACCGAUGGAGGGCCAGCUGAGCGUGUGGCUGCUUCAGCCAGCAGAUCAGCGCGGGAUGGGCGAGACCAGGGCCCUACUCUUCAUGGUCAUGAGCGACCAGUCACCUUUCUCACCUUCAACAGCGAGAGCAACCUUCUCUUUUCCUGUGGCAAGGACAAAAUUGUUUGUGUUUGGAGUUUUCCUGACGGUGAACUUCUUGGUAGCUACAAGGGUCACAAUGGAGCGGUCUGGUCCUGCAGUGCGACAUUCGACUCCAGGUGGCUUGUGACCUGUGGCGCUGAUCGUUUAGUGAUUGUCUGGGAAGCCCGAACAUCAAGGGAGCUCGCACGAGUUGAACUUCCUGGAGUGGUUCGGUGUGUGGAAUGGGCUGGAGCAGGUGCCAUCCAGAAGCUGAGGAUUCUGGAUCUGAUCACUGUGGCCCUCGACAGCAUGGACGUGGAGUUGAAGUUGGAUGAAGACUUUAGCGAGUGA